UGCAGCCUUGGUCAUCCAACCGGGAAUUUGUCCCUGAGGUUAGGGGCGGGAGAUAAAUUUGGGACAGGUCAAGAGUCAGAGCAGCUUGCCCAGGAUAGGAGGAAGGUGGCUCAGGUGCCCCUGUCCCGGCAGGCGUCAUCUCCCCUACCAGCCCUCGGGUCAGCCCUGCGCCGCUCCUAGCUCCUCACGGGUUAACCCCCCUCGCCGCCCGCUCGCUUCCCGGUGCCAAAGUGGGUGUUGCUGGAAUUCCUCUCUCCCUCUCCCGUAAUGAGGGGGCUGAGCUGUCCCUCCGAGGAGGGGGCAUGGUGGGGAUAAAAGAGACGAAAAAACAGGGGGAGAUUUCCAAAAAUAAAACCCUGCGGUUCCCCUUCAGAAGGCUACAGUGACGGGGAGAAGGCGCGAAGGUGCAGCAGCGGUGCGCGCCCACUGGAGACCCAGCGCGGAGACAGACGAGGCGCAGGGCGCGCAGACCCGGGCCGCUCCCGCCGUCCAGCCCUUGCUCCCGGGAGAUCCGGGCCCCCAGCCUAACUCCGGGGGCCCCUAGACUAGGAGAAGCGGGCCGCCAGCAGGGGUCCGGAGCGCAGCCCGCCGGCGGCCAGGCGUACCGACUGCAAAUCCCGGGGCUGUUACCGCCUGCACCCCUCUCCAGCCGCCUCCGGCGCCAUGAGGCCACCGACCACCGCCCGCUGUCCCGGGCGCGCCCUGUGGAACCCCUGGAAGAGCUUCCUGCCGCUCAUCUUGGCUCUCUUCGUGGGCAUGGGUCAUGCUCAGAGGGAGCCGGUGGGAAGACAAGAGCCGGCGGGCAGGGACGCAAAUCGGCUGCGGCGCCCCGGGGGCAGCCACCCCGCAGCGGCUGCAGCCAAGGUGUACAGUCUGUUCCGAGAGCAAGACGCGCCCGUCCCGGGCUUGCCGCCCACAGAGCGGGCCCAUCUCGGCUGGGGGAGCCCCAGGAGGCCCGCCGAGGCGGAGGCCAGGAGGCCGCCCCGCGCGCAGCAGCCGCGGCGAGUCCAGCCACCUGCGCAGACCCGGAGAAGCAGUCCCCCUGGCCAGCAGCAGCCCACACCCCGGGCCCGCGCCGCCCCGGUUCUCCCGCGCCUCGGGACCCUGCAGCGGCCCAGGGCUGCGCCCCCAACCCCGCCGCGAGGGCGGCUGACGGGGAGGAACGUCUGCGGGGGACAGUGCUGCCCGGGAUGGACGACAGCAAACAGUACCAACUACUGUAUCAAACCUGUGUGCCAGCCGCCCUGCCAGAACAGGGGCUCCUGCAGCCGGCCCCAGCUCUGCGUGUGCCGCUCUGGCUUCCGCGGAGCCCGCUGCGAGGAGGUCAUCCCUGAGGAGGAAUUCGACCCCCAGAACUCCAGGCUGGCUCCCCGCCGCUCAGCAGAGGGUUCACCCAACCUGCGCAGGAGCAGCACAACCAGGGAAAGCACCGUGGCCCGAACACGGCCACCAGCACCACAGCUGCCGCUGGCCAGGACCCUGAGUGGGCUUAGCCAGACCCAGCCCUCCCAGCAGCACGUGGGGCUGUCCCGGACCGUCCGACUUUACCCGGCCACUGCGGCUAGUGCCCAGCUGACUUCCAACGCCCUGCCCGCGGGGCUAGGCCUUGAGAGGAGGGAUGGUGCCCAGCAGGCAGCCUAUCAGGACCACCAGUCAUCCCUCUGGGGGCUGAACCUCACGGAGAAAAUCAAGAAGAUCAAGAUUGUCUUCACUCCCACCAUCUGCAAGCAGACCUGUGCCCGGGGGCACUGUGCCAACAGCUGUGAGCGUGGUGACACCACCACCCUGUAUAGCCAGGGCGGCCAUGGGCAUGACCCUAAGUCUGGCUUCCGCAUCUAUUUCUGCCAGAUCCCCUGCCUGAACGGAGGCCGCUGCAUCGGCAGGGACGAGUGCUGGUGCCCCACCAACUCCACCGGGAAGUUCUGCCACCUGCCCGCCCCAAAGCUGGACAGGGAGCCUUCAGAGAGGGGCUCCCGCCACAGGGCCCCGCUGGGGGGCCCCUUGAGGCAGUCCACCUUCACCUUGCCUCUCUCCAACCAGCUGGCCUCCGUGAACCCCUCCUUGGUGAAGGUGCACAUUCGCCACCCGCCCGAGGCUUCCGUGCAGGUCCACCAGGUGGCACGGGUGCGGGGCGAGGCCGAGGAGGCCCCGGAGGAGAACAGCGUGGAGACCAGACCCUCAUCCCGGCUCCCCGCCAGCCCUGGCCACAGCCACUGGGACAGCAACAGUAUCCCUGCUCGGUCUGGAGAGGCCCCUCGGCCACUGCCUCCAGCGGUGCCCAGGCCUCAGGGGCUGCUGGGCCGGUGUUACCUGAGUGCUGUGAAUGGCCAGUGUGCCAACCCCCUGCUGGAGCUGACUGCCCAGGAGGACUGCUGUGGUAGUGUGGGAGCCUUCUGGGGGGUGACAUCAUGUACCCCGUGCCCACGCAGACCAGCCUCCCCAGUGAUUGAAAAUGGCCUGCUGGAGUGUCCCAAGGGAUACAAGAGACUGAACCUCACUCACUGCCAAGACAUCAACGAGUGCUUGACCCUGGGCCUGUGCAAGGACUCGGAGUGCGUGAACACCAGGGGCAGCUACCUGUGCACCUGCAGACCUGGCCUCAUGCUGGAUCCGUCAAGGAGCCGCUGUGUGUCGGACAAGGCCAUCUCCAUGCAGCAGGGGCUGUGCUACCGGUCGCUGGGGCCUGGCACCUGUGCCCUGCCUUUGGCCCAGAGGAUCACCAAGCAGAUAUGCUGCUGCAGCCGCGUGGGCAAAGCAUGGGGCAGCAAGUGUGAGAAAUGCCCUUUGCUUGGCACAGAGGCGUUCAAGGAGAUCUGCCCUGCUGGCCAUGGCUACACCUACUCGAGCUCAGACAUCCGCCUGUCCAUGAGGAAGGCCGAGGAGGAGGAACUGGCCAGGCCCCCAAGGGAGCAAGAGCCGAGGAGCAAUGGGACCCUGCCCAGGACAGCCGAGAGGCAGCCACUUCGGGCGGCCACCGACACCUGGCUGGAGGCUGAGACCAUCCCUGACAAGGGUGACUCUCAGACCAGCCAGGUCACAACCAGUGUUACUCAAGUACCUGCCUGGGUCCCAGGAGAUGCCACAGGAAGACCAACACCACCACUGCCUGGACAGGGGACUCCAGAAACCCAGGAAGAAGAGCAAGUGACCACCCCUUCCAAUGUGCUGGUGACCCCCGGCCCCUCAGGCAUUGACAGAUGUGCUGCUGGAGGCACCCACAUCUGUGGCCCUGGAACCUGCGUGAACCUCCCAGAUGGAUACAGAUGCAUCUGCAGCCCCGGCUACCGGCUGCACCCCAGCCAGGCCUACUGCACGGACGACAACGAGUGUCUGAGAGACCCUUGCGCAGGAAAAGGGCGCUGUGUCAACCGCGUGGGCUCCUACUCCUGCUUCUGCUACCCUGGCUACACGCUGGCCACCUCAGGGGCCACGCAGGAAUGCCAAGACAUAGACGAGUGUGAGCAGCCAGAGGUGUGCAGUGGAGGGCGGUGCACCAACACAGAGGGUUCGUACCACUGCGAGUGUGACCAGGGCUACAUCAUGGUCAGGAAGGGACACUGCCAAGAUAUCGACGAAUGCCGUCACCCUGGCACCUGCCCUGAUGGGAGAUGCGUCAACUCCCCCGGCUCCUACACUUGCCUGGCCUGUGAAGAGGGCUACAGGGGCCAGAGCGGGAGCUGUGUAGAUGUGAAUGAGUGUCUGACCCCGGGGGUCUGCGCCCAUGGAAAGUGCAUCAACCUGGAGGGCUCCUUUAGAUGCUCUUGUGAGCAGGGCUACAAGGUCACCUCAGAUGAGAAGGGCUGCCAAGAUGUCGACGAGUGUGCCAGCCGGGCCUCAUGCCCUGCGGGCCUCUGCCUCAACACUGAGGGCUCCUUUGCCUGCUCGGCCUGUGAGAGUGGGUACUGGGUGAAUGAAGAUGGCACUGCUUGUGAAGACCUAGACGAGUGUGCCUUUCCGGGAGUCUGCCCCUCAGGAGUCUGCACCAACACUGCUGGCUCCUUCUCCUGCAAGGACUGCGAGGAGGGCUACCGGCCCAGCCCCCUGGGCCACACCUGUGAAGAUGUGGAUGAGUGUGAAGACCUCCAGAGCAGCUGCCUGGGAGGCGAGUGCAAGAACAUGGCUGGCUCCUACCAGUGCCUCUGUCCCCAGGGCUUCCAGCUGGCCAAUGGCACCGUGUGUGAGGAUGUGGACGAGUGCGUGGGAGAGGAGUACUGUGCACCCCGCGGCGAGUGCCUCAACAGCCAUGGGUCCUUCUUCUGUCUCUGCGCUCCGGGCUUUGCCAGCGCAGACGGGGGCACGAGCUGCCAGGAUGUGGACGAGUGUGCAGUCACAGACCGGUGUCUGGGAGGACACUGUGUCAACACCGAGGGCUCCUUCAACUGUCUGUGCGAGACCGGCUUCCAGGCCUCUCCAGAGAGCGGGGAGUGUGUGGAUAUUGACGAGUGUGAGGACUCCGGAGACUCGGUGUGUGGGGCCUGGAGGUGUGAGAACAGCCCUGGCUCCUACCGCUGUGUCCUGGGCUGCCAGCCUGGCUUCCACAAGGCCCCGACUGGAGACUGCAUUGACAUAGACGAGUGUGCCAACGACACUCUGUGUGGGAGCCACGGCUUCUGUGACAACACCGACGGCUCCUUCCGCUGUCUCUGUGACCAGGGCUUCGAGACCUCGUCCUCCGGCUGGGACUGCGUUGACGUGAAUGAGUGUGAGCUCAUGCUGGCCGUGUGUGGGGAGGCACUCUGUGAGAAUGUGGAGGGCUCCUUUCUGUGCCUCUGUGCCAGUGACCUGGAGGAGUAUGACGCUCAGGAGGGACACUGCCGCCCACGGGUGGCUGGAGGUCAGAGCAUCCCUGAGGCCCCGCCAGGGGACCACCUCCCAGGCCCCAUCCGCAGGGAAUGCUACUCUGGACAGAACGGCCAGCCAGCCUGCUCCAGCCUCCUGGGCCGGAACACCACGCAGGCGGAGUGCUGCUGUACCCAGGGCGCCAGCUGGGGAGACACCUGUGACCCCUGUCCGGCCGAGGACUCAGUUGAAUUCAGUGACAUCUGCCCCAGUGGUAAAGGCUACAUCCCUGUGGAAGGAGCCUGGAUGUUUGGACAGACCACGUACACAGAUGCUGACGAGUGUGUGAUGUUCGGGCCUGGUCUCUGCCAGAACGGCCGGUGCCUCAACACGGUGCCUGGCUACAUCUGCCUGUGCAACCCUGGUUACCACUACAAUGCCGCCCGCCGGAAGUGCGAGGAUCACAACGAGUGCCAGGACAUGGCCUGUGAGAACGGCGAGUGUGUGAACACGGAAGGCUCUUUCCACUGCUUCUGCAGCCCCCCUCUCACCCUGGACCUCAGCCAGCAGCGCUGUGUGAACAGCACCAGUGGCGCAGAGGACCUGCCUGACCACGACAUCCACAUGGACAUCUGCUGGAAAAAAGUCACCAAUUAUGUGUGCAGCCAACCCCUGCACGGGCGCCGCACCACCUACACAGAAUGCUGCUGCCAGGACGGAGAGGCCUGGAGCCAGCAGUGUGCUCUGUGUCCCCCCAGGAGCUCUGAGGUCUAUGCUCAGCUGUGCAACGUGGCCCGGAUUGAAGCAGAGCGGGAGGCCGGGGUCCACUUCCGGCCCGGUUAUGAGUAUGGCCCCGGGCCUGAGGACCUGCAUUACAGCCUCUACGGCCCAGAUGCGGCCCCCUUCUACAACUAUCUGGGCCCCGAGGACAGCAUCCCUGAGCCACCCUUCCCCAACACAGCCAGCCGCCUAGGGGACCGCACACUGGUCCCUGAGUCUCCCCUGCAGCCCUCAGAACUCCAGCCCCACUAUGUGGCCAGCCAUCCAGGUCUGUGUUGCUGCAAAAAUGGGGAAGAGGUGGGCACCGAAGCUGUUUCACUUCCAUCUCCUCCACCUGCUGAUCACUGCCAGCAGGAGCACCAGGCCGGCUUCGAAGGGCUUCAGGCAGAGGAGUGUGGCAUCCUGAAUGGCUGUGAGAACGGCCGCUGUGUGCGCGUGCGGGAGGGCUACACCUGCGACUGCUUUGAAGGCUUCCAGCUGGACACGGCCCACAUGGCCUGUGUGGAUGUGAAUGAGUGUGAUGACUUGAACGGGCCUGCUGCACUGUGUGUCCACGGUACCUGUGAGAACACGGAGGGCUCCUACCGCUGCCACUGCUCCCCAGGUUAUGUGGCUGAGGCAGGCCCCCCACACUGCAUCGCCAAGGAGUAGCAGUGAGGGGUCAGUGUGGGCAACUACCUGGAAAUGGCCCCAGCCACAGGCGGGGGCCUUGAGGAAGAUUUCCUAGCUGGGAAGACACCAUGAAGACAUCAGGCAGGCCCUGCAGCCCAGCUCCCAGCCAGCCUUGCCUGCUAUCCGUCUCUCCCAGCUUAGGCUCUGGCUGUGAGCUUCUGUCAUUGCCGCCAUGCUGCCAUGCCCUUGCUUGGCUCGAACACCACCAAAUGCUUUAAUGCUUCAGCCACUGGCCAUGAGGCCCAGUCCGCCAUCUCUCCUGGCCUUGCCAUGGGAUGCUUACCAAAGGAUGGCCCUCAUCCACCCCCUCAAGCUAUACAAACAUGUAAGGUCCUCCAGCCUCACACUGCAGACACCCUUUUCUAGCCAUGAUCCACAUAUUAUACUGAUGAUUCCACAACUAGGUCAGAGGCUACAUCUGUCCUUGGAUGGUCCUUCAGAAUCUAUGGAGUAAAAAAGGAUUGGGGGAAGUUUAGGAAGUGACUCCAAUGCCUCCUCCCAAGAACCAUCACUGCCACUCAGCCAAUCUGGUCUGGGUCAGAUUUUGCCACAUCUCCAUCCUGUAGCCAGUUCUGUGGCCCCAUGGAGGGGCAGAAGAUCCCCUCAUCUCAGAGAAGCAAGACUGCUACCAGCUUGCUGAGUGUAAGAGACACAAAUGAAGGGGGCAAGGAGCCUGAGAAAGCAGCAAGAGGGCAAUAUGAAAAAUAUGAGGAGUUGAUAAGAAAGGGGAGCCAGGGCUUUAUGCAAGUCUAAAGAAAAUAUUCAGUAGCUUCAGGUAAAUAAACACUCAAAAUCUACCCAGCAAUAGCUCUCAUGCACCACAGCACGGGCUGCCACAAGACAGUGUGCCCAUCUCUGAAGACCUGUAUUCCAUACACAUUGCUUCUUACAGGAGACAGAUCUCUCCUGGGCUCUCCUUUUGUGGACACCAGUUUGAUGUACUAAAAAUAAAGAGGUCUAUUUUUUAGCUUGUGAAAUACAGUGUAGUCUUGUUUAGGGGGAGCCAGAUUUCCCACGUUGUUUCUUCUCUCUACUCAGAAGCCUCUGCCUUCCCCCGCUUCAUAAAAAGGAUGGCUGGCAUCCCUCUGAGUUUACAAGUAGAGACCCACUCCAACCUCGGCUAGCUGGGAGUUUAGAACCAUGGUGGAAUAAAGAACUGUACAUCUGGGUUCUUCUGUUUUUAUUUCAUAGUAAACCAAAUUUCUUUACCAUGUGGGUUAAGUCUAAAGAUUAGAGAUGAGGCUGUGCCCACCGCCUUGCCAGCUCUGCCAAUAGCCUAUGAUUGGGUUCCAAUGAGAAAUGGUUCUUUACUCUGCUGAGAGAAGGGAAGCUCUGACUUUGCAUUUCUCUAAGGAAUGGCAAUGUAAAUGAACAAGGCUUCAUGCCGGAAGACAUGGAGAUGAAUGCUAUUUUCUUAAUUUAAUCAGUCCUGUCCUACCUGCUGCUCUGAUUGUCAGCCAUCACAUACUAACUUAUUGAAUGCUUGCUAUGUGCCAGGCACCAUGUUGAGUCCUGUACACAAAUUUCAUUUAAUCAUCCAACAAUCCUACUUACUAUUUUUAUUCCCAAUUUACAGAUGAAGAAAUUGACAGAGCUUCAAUAAUUUGCUCUAGGUCACUAUACAAGUUGAGAUGUUUUCAGUAGACAAAAAUAUAUAGUUCUUAAACAUAUGAAAGUAUUCUGACUUCAUUCAUAAUAAAAGAAAUGCGAGUUAAAAGCACACUGAGAUACUUUU